UUUAUAUUUGAAUUGAAAAUUCUAAUAAGUGUUCAAAUACCUUAAUAUGACAAAUUCUUGUAUUCACAUUUACACUUACUAUACUCAUAAUCAACAAUAAAAUGUAUGUGAAAUCGCAUGAAAAACAUGUUUGUGUUUGCAGAAUAUUGAUCAUUAUCUUGUUAUAGUGUAUUGGGGUGGGGAAGUAAGUUAUAUUGGAUUCGAUGUUGUGUAUAAUGGUGGAUUAAAUACAGUGAUGUUUAUCCAUGGUCAGAAUACUAAUUUUGAGGUGUUUUAUAGCAAAAUAUGUGAUGUAAUUGGUUGUGAUUCGCAACUCUUUUAUGUUAAAAAUGGAGAUGAAAUAUCCGAUGACUGGGAAAAAUGUGUUAGUCCCGAUUAAGAAUGAUGAAAGCAAAAGUACUCUUGCUUAUGCGGCAUCACAAUCCCCUAGAACGGCAAUGGAGGUUUACAUUGAAUUGGUUGCAAAUUUGGAUAAUGCGAGGGAAGUGAUGACUAGCAUGGAACUUCCAGAAUCGGGUCCUAGUGUACACCAUAAUACAUUCACUGAAAUAUUAAGUAACCCAAAUUACGUUAAUGAGCACUUGGAUGAGCUUAUCUCUCCAACUCAUUCACGUGGCAUUGGUGGUGGUGUAAUGAACACCAUCUCCACGAGUCAUUUGGGUAGGCGUAAUGCAAACGAGGUUGAUUCUUUAGAUCAAGAGGAUGAGCAUAUUGAUUCUAAUUCAGAGGAGGAUGAUGAAAGAAGAGAAGCUCUAGAUGUAGCGAUUAGAGAUGACACUCCAUCUCAAGACUGGCUUAGAAUUGAUGAUGUUGAUCAAAGAUUGAUUGAUGCAUGGAUGACCUGGAACGAUGACAACUCCAUGAAUGAAAAUGGAGACUUUAGGAUAGGGCAAGAGUUUAGCUCCUUAGACCACCUUAAGAAGAAUGUUAAAGCAUGGGCGAUUUCUAACAAUAGAAAUCUCCGUGUAAUUGAGUUGGAGCCUUCAAAGUACGUUGUCCAAUGCACUAAUGCGGAGGAUAUAGUUUAGCUCUGCUAUGUACAUGAGUUGGUACAGGCGUAUCUCCAUAUUACGCCUAACGAACACCACAUUUGCGCAGCUAGGAUCACAUUACCAUCCGACAUCUACGUUACUGGCUGAGCGCAUCCGAUCGGUGCUCAUACAAUGCAAUGACACGAUUCAAGGGGCUGCUAUAUCGCCAGUUGAUGUGGGGUAUCGGCUAUGUUCUCAGACCCUAGGCUCCAUUAACGCGUCGUUGACCGAUGCAUUGAGUCAGGCGGUUUAUGAGUACCUCAUACCGACUCCACCCGUCAUUGGCGAGGUAGAUGACACAUUCCACACUCCUUCUCCACGGAGUUCAGCCCACCUAGGUAGCUCUUCCGGAGGAUCCAAUUCUCGGUCCACAAGAGGUCGCCAGCGUUAAUCUACUCGAGGUCGGUCUUCCAGAUCGCCAUCGACAUCCGGUACUAUGUCGUCAUUCGUUCCUAUAGCUUCCAUCACCACUCCUCCUCCACAUCCAUCGCCUCCGCAAAGGAUCAUCACAUAUCAGCGUGCUAGUCAACGACGAGCUCCUGCUCUUAAUGUCAUUGCGGAGGUUGACGAGUUCACACCAUCAUCAUACACCGGUGCGCAAAACAAAAGGGGCGGGUGGUUGUAGUUUAACAAA